UCAACAGUCCUAGUCUUGGGCAACACCAAUGUAUCCCGUUAUUCUUAUUAGUUGCCGGCCGCGCAUGUAAGCAACGAUACUGCCGGCGUCAUUGCUGUUUUUUAAAUCGCAAAAUGGCGGAUGGAGGCGUGGAUAUUGAUUUAUACGCCGACGACAUUGAAUCUGAUUUUAAUAGACAAGAUGACUUUGGGGGGGAAAAUGUAGAUUUAUAUGACGACGUAAUAGCAGCACCAGCAGCGAAACCGGAGGAUGGAGAUGGGCCGCCAAACUCAGCAGCACCGCAGCACUCGCAUCCACCAGAAGAAACUAAUGGCACAGCUCCUUACCACAACAACGCACCUAGCCACGGGCAUCAUGGCCGACGCUUCCAACUUUACGUCGGCAAUUUAACCUGGUGGGCAACCGAUCAAGAUAUUGCUAACGCGAUCGCCGAUAUCGGCGUGACGGAUUUUCAAGAUGUCAAGUUCUUCGAGAACAGGGCUAAUGGACAAUCCAAAGGUUUCUGCGUCAUUUCGCUGGGCUCCGACCAGUCCAUCAGGAUGAUCAUGGACCGUCUUCCAAAGAAGGAGAUACAUGGACAACACCCCGUCGUGACUUUGCCUACUAAACAGGCAUUAAACCAAUUUGAAAGCCAAUCGAAGACGAGGUCGACUCCGCCUGGACCCAACCCAGGUAUGAGAGGUCCUCACCCUGGCGGACCACCCGGCCCACACCCUGGAGAAUUCUUUGGAGGCGGACCAAACGGCCCUGGACCGAACGGUCCACGAAUGAUGAUGCCGGGUCCGGGUCAUCACCAGCUCCGAGGACCGCCCCCUGGACCUCACGGGCCUCCGCACCAUAUGCCUCAGCACCAAGGCCCUCCGCCUCAUCACAUGGCGCCUCAUCAAGGGCCCCCGCCCCACCAGGGACCGCCACAACAUAGGCCUCCCAUGCAGUUCCAAGGCCCCCCACAAAUGCAGCGGGCUCCCGGUGGGCCGGGACCUGGGCCAGGGCCUCGCGCGGGCCCUGAGUGGCCUCGUCCGCACCACAUGCCCAGUCCGGCGCCGCAAUACGGCCCUCCACAACACCAAAUGCCUCACCAGAUGCCUCCACCUCACGCUCCUCCUGGGCAGGGUAUGCCUCCCCCUCAUCACCAGCUCCCACCACAUCAACAAGGCCCCCCUAGAGGGCCUGCACCACUACCUCAACACCCUGGCGUGGGAGGUGCGCCGGCGCCUCACGUGAACCCAGCGUUCUUCAGCCAGCAACCGCCCGUACAGCCGGCGCCACAAGUGCAGCCUCCACAGCCUGCGCCGCAAGGGCCAGGUGCUCCAUACGGACAUCCGGCUCACGGUGCACCACCGCCGGCACAAGGCCCCCCUCCUGGCGCUAGGCAACCAUAUGGAAGACCUCCGACGAGCUACCCGGCCGGCGUGGAGGCCCGGCCGGCGCACCACAGCGCGCCGCUGGGCCCGCACGCGCACGCCGCGCACCCGCUGCCCGCGCACCCGCUGCCCGCCAUCAGCGAGGCGGAGUUCGAGGAGGUCAUGAGCCGCAACAGGACGGUGUCCUCGAGCGCCAUCGCCCGCGCCGUCAGCGACGCCGCCGCGGGCGAAUACGCCUCCGCUAUAGAGACGCUCGUCACGGCCAUAUCUCUAAUUAAACAGAGCAAGGUGGCGCACGACGAUCGCUGCAAGAUUCUAAUCUCAUCGCUACAAGACACCCUACACGGAGUUGAGACCAAAUCUUACGGAGGCGAAAGACGUCGAUCGCGAUCUAGAGAAAGAGAUGCACGUGCGCAUCACCGCGCGCCGCGCCGUAGAGAACGAUCCGCCUCGCGAUACCGAGAUAGAUCAAGGGACAGAGAUGAUCGGGACCGGUACAGGGAACGGUCGAGGGAUCGUGAACGCGACCGUGAUACGUAUUAUAGAGAUUACCGUGAGAGGGAACGCGACAGGUCUAGAUCUAGAGACCGGGAACGUACCGAUCACUAUAACAGGGGACACAGUCGGGAAGAACGGCCACGCAAAUCGCCAGUGGAACCGGCGGCUGAAGGCGGAGCCGGCGAUGCGGCGGCAAAGAGUCGCACAACUGCGGCUCCUUACUAUGAUGAGCGAUAUCGCGAGCGACGCGACCGCGACCCGCCGCAAACCGACCGCGAUCGCGACCGCGACCGCGAUCACCGCCGCGACGCGCGACACUAG